CUCGGCCGCCGCUGCCCUCAGCGGCCCUUGCCCGCCGGACCGCGCCGCCGGACGCCGCCGAGGAUGCGACGCAGCCAGUAGUCUAAGAACUGAAGCAUCCAGGCUGGAUGGAAUUUAGUAUCAAAAAAAGUCCUCUGUCUGUCCAGAAAGCCGUAAAGUGCAUAAAGAUGAAGCAGGCACCAGAAAUCCUUGGCAGCACAAAUGGGAAGACCCAGAACUGUGAUGUGAACCGCGACUGUUCUGUGUUCCUCAGCAAAGCUCAGCUUUCUAACAGCCUACAGGAGGGAGUCAUGCCGAAAUUUAAUGGCCAUGAUGCUCUUCCCUUCAUUCCUACUGAGAAGUUGAAAGAUCUUACUUCCCGUGUGUUUAAUGGAGAACCUGGUGCACAUGAUGCCAAAUUAUGUUUUGAGUCCCAGGAAGUAAAAGGAAUGGGGACGCCGCCCAACACUACCCCUGUCAAAAAUGGUUCUCCUGAAAUUAAGCUGAAAAUCACUAAGACAUACAUGAAUGGGAAGCCUCUCUUUGAAUCUUCCAUUUGUGGUGACAGCACUGCUGAGGUGACCCAGUCAGAAGAAAAUGGACAAAAAUCUGAGAACAAGGCAAGGAGGAACAGGAAAAGGAGCAUAAAAUAUGACUCCUUGCUGGAGCAGGGCCUUGUGGAAGCAGCUCUGGUGUCCAAGAUCUCAAGUCCUACAGAUAAAAAGAUUCCAGUUAAGAAGGAAUCCUGUCCAAGCACAGGCAGAGACAAAGAUCAGCUGUUGAAGUACAACGUUGGUGACUUAGUGUGGUCCAAAGUGUCGGGCUACCCCUGGUGGCCCUGCAUGGUUUCUGCUGACCCACUCUUGCACCACUACACCAAGCUCAAAGGUCAGAAAAAAAGUGCACGCCAGUAUCACGUACAGUUCUUUGGUGAUGCCCCAGAGAGAGCUUGGAUAUUUGAGAAGAGCCUCGUAGCUUUUGAAGGAGAAGGACAGUUUGAAAAAUUAUGCCAGGAAAGUGCCAAGCUGGCACCCACGAAAGCUGAGAAAACCAAGCUGUUGAAGCCUAUUUCAGGGAAACUGAGGGCCCAGUGGGAAAUGGGCAUUGUUCAGGCAGAGGAAGCCGCAGGCAUGUCUGUGGAAGAGCGGAAAGCCAAGUUCACCUUCCUCUAUGUGGGGGGCCAGCUGCACCUCAACCCACAGGUGGCUAAGGAGGCUGGCCUUGCUGUGCAGACCUCUGGAGAAAUGGCAGCGUCCACAGGGCCCAGUGAGGAAGCUGCCGCAGAUCCUGGGCCCAUGAGAGAGGAAGGUGUUCCUAUGAAGAGAAGGCGGAGAGUCAAACGGUCCAGCUCUGCGGAGCACCAGGAGAGCGACCCUGGCACAGAAAAGAGUUCUCCUCAAAAGAUGGCAGAGGCUGACCCCAAAAGAGGAGUGGGUUCUCCUCCUGGGAGGAAAAAGGCCACGCCCUCUACUCCAAGGAGCAGGAAGGGAGAUGCAGCUGCCCAGUUUUUGGUCUUCUGUCAAAAGCACAGGGAUGAGGUUGUUGCUGAGCACCCUGACGCCUCAGGCGAGGAGAUUGAAGAACUGCUGAGCUCCCAGUGGAACAUGCUCAAUGAAAAACAGAAGGCACGCUAUAACACCAAGUUUGCCCUCGUGACCUGCACCCCGGCUGAGGAAGACUCUGGUAACAUUAACGGGAAGAAAAGAACCCACACAAAGAGGACGGAGGACCCUUCAGAAGAUAUUGACGUUGAGGAUGUUCCCAGGAAAAGACUCAGGACAGACAAGCACAGUCUCCGGAAGAGAGAGACGACCACUGACAAAAUGGCCAGAGCCAGCUCCUACAGGGCCACGGAGGCAGCCUCCUCGCUUAGGAGCCAGGCAGCAACAAAAAAUCUGUCUGAUGCUUGCAAACCACUGAAGAAGCGAAACCGGGCUUCCGCAGCAGCAUCUGCAGCUCUCGGGUUUAGCAAAAGCUCGUCUCCUUCUGCGUCCUUGACCGAGAACGAGCUUUUGUGGGAGCCCACAUCAGUCAAGUUGGACUUGAACCAGAUGCCCUGUACUGCACUUAGAGUGAUGUAAUGGCCCGAGAUGUCUGCCGCGGGCGUGCGUCAUCGGCACACUCAGUGACAUGCUUGCUCUCACAGUCAUUGUGUGGAAGACAUAUGGUACUCUGUUUUUAUUGGCAUUAAUAAACACAUACAGUGAAGAGAACAGAUAACACAUUGUAAGACCAAGGUAAGAACCUGAUCAAGGCCAUUGACUCAGUCACGUCCAUCUCAUGGUAGAGACACCCAUACUCCGAGAGCAACGUAGAGUUCAGUUGGGAGGAGGCCCUCGGAGGGCCGCCCCAGAGCUGCAGCAGUGACACUGCCUCAAGGGUCAUUUCCCCCAGGUCAUAACUCCCUGCAUCUUUGUGAACAAAUGUCAGCACCCAUUGCUCCAGAGACAAAGAGCAAACAGCACACGGAGGGGUCCUCGUCAGCUGUUUUAAUUGCCAGUGAAAUGCAGUUAGUGCUGUAGAUACGAACCCAGUUUCCAGCACAACAGGCAGGAGGCAUUUUGAGUCUGUGCUUUUCUAUGAACAGUUUUACUAUGACACUAGACACAGUUUUGGGCCAAGUACCAUUCACAGUCCAUUGUGAACCAUCCACCUCUUGACUCGGUGAUGGUCACCCAGGGCUACUUCUGCCAGCCACCUUGCCAGUCACUUCUGUGGGGCGUCAGCAGCACAUGUGUCAUGGUCCUGGUGCCAGCCAUGCCAUGCCCAGUGUCCGCACAUUUGCAUGGGGAAGCGGCACGGGCCCCAGCUCCUGCAGCAGCUGCGCUGCUCACAGCCAGAGGAACGGGGCCCAGCUGUUCCUGGCUACUCCUCAGAUGUGUCUGGUCUGUAAUGAAAGUUCCCGAGGAAUGCUUUUGUUCCGAACACUAAGUACUGUAACGCAUGUAAGCUCUCGGGGUGCUUGGCACCUUGCAAGGAUUCAGCGGCUCGCUGUUGUGACAGUAAUGGUUAUGAUAAUAAAAAGAUGAAAUCACCAUCAUUCCAUUUUUAUCCAGAAGCAUAACUUUGCCUUGGCAUGAACAGUGAUCCUCUCAACUACAUUAUGCAUGUGGGGCAAUACCGUGGUCUGACAGAAGCUGGGUCUGUGUGGCACAUUGGGUGCUGGACUCGGGCUGGGGGCUGGGGGCUGCUUCAUGGAUCUGCUCAGAGUAGUGGGAGAUGUGACCUCAGAUAGCCUAGGAGCAGUCUGAGUUUUGCUACCCUUAGAGAACCCAAGGAGCUCUGGUAAACUUAAGAGUGUCAAAACAUUAGCCACUGACUUUUAAAAUAAGAGAAACACGAUGGAAUAAAAUGGAUCUGGUUCAGGUGGCGUCCUGCAGUAAGGAUGCUGGCCUCAGAGUAUGGGCCCAGUGAGGGACUGCAUUUGAAAUUGGAGCACGGUGGGUUUUGUGUGGGAAGCCAAGGAGGGGUGCUGUUCUCUGGAAGGGAGGAGGGGGCUGUCCCAGGGAUAGAACAGUGCUCACAGGGCCAUAUGCUCCUCAGCUGGGAAGACCUUGUGCCCCAGGGACAUUAGGAGUCUGCUGUGUAGGUUUAGGGUUAGGGUAGCAGCAUCUGCCCUCUAGGGAACAGUCUUGCAUGUGGCAGAAGUACCCAGCUUUGAAGACUAGUAUUGGUGUUGUGGCAGAGAAGCAGUUUCCUUGGGGUCAGAGGUGGAGUUGUUUGAAAGCUCAGGCUUGGACAAGCUGCCAAGAGUACAAAAUUCAUUAUUCUGCGAAUUGAACAUGGAAUUCCUUCGUUUACUACAACUGUCAGAACAGCAGUGGUACAUGUCUGGCCUAAGGACGUUUGAGCUGCCCUUUUUUGAGACGAGUUCUGCUCGUGAUCUCGUCUGACUUGCUUCAGACACCCACAGGUCCAUGUUUGCCUGGCCAGGGAGGUGGCUCUCUUGCGUAAGACGAGCAUUGGAAAGUGGUGUGCCAGCGGAGUGUCAGGGAUGGUGCUGUGGAGUGCAAGGGUUCUGCCGUUCUGCCUGGCUGGCCUUUCUGCAGAGUGCUGGGACAUAUCCAUGUUUCCCCACUGAAAGUGGUAACUUCCUGUGUUUUUAAGAGAAUGUUCCUGGAAAGCAUCGAGAGACUUAGGCCCAGCUUUAUCAUGAGGAGGUGUCUCCUGGCAGAGGGGCCAGUGAUGCAGGAGGGAGCUGGACAGCCUGCUUCGAGUGGCCCUUCAGGCCCAGGAAGACCCAAAUAGGGUCUUAGAGAUUGGAAGCCAGCGAGUGAGGAAAGGCAGAAGGAAGCAGCUGCGCUGUCAGUGAUGGUCUGUAGUCCCCCAUCUCUCAGCCCAAGGGUGUGGCCAGGCAGUGUGCGUGAUGCUGGGACCCUCUAAGGGCCUGUCACAGGAACACACUGAGAAGAAAAUUGAGAUUGUAGGUUAGCAUCUAGCUGCCCAAACAGAAGAGGUUGCCCAUGCACAUGUGUCAGUCAGGAGGACUGAAAGUGUGUGACCUGAGAAGGGUGUGGUGGCAACCUGGUGCAGUGCAGGACAGAGCCGGGGCCCUGUGGACCUCCCAGUGCUGGAGUGUCAGCAGUGGAAGGCUUAGUGAGCUUGCUUCAUUUCUGAGUCUCUGAUUCUAGUGCAGCCUUCUGAACUGGCUGACCUGAGCCACUGCACACCCUUCUGUCCAAGCAGACGCAUGUGCUGGGCCAGGCCAGCCCUUUGGACUCAGUGUGGAACGUGGAACAUUUUAUGUUUUAAAACUCAAUAUUUUUAUUAUCUUAGUUUAGGAACUCUAGAGGCAGACACAGCAGCUGCUGAGGACCUUGCUGUUGCCUCUCAGGCUGUCCCGCGCACCCCAGGCUUCCCAGCAUGCCCAGGCUCUGCUCCUCAUGGCAUUUCAAGUGUUUUUGAUUUAAAGAAAUAUGCCUAUUCCUGGAAUUGGGGUGUGGCUCAGUGGCAGAGUGCUCUGUGGCAUGCUUGGACCUCGAUUCCAUCCCCAAUACUGCACACACACAGAUGCUGACUGCUGGGUGUUCUAGGACUUUGGGUAAAUGAAAUCUAUUUUGAUUUCCUUGGGUAAUAUUUUUAUCAGAAAUGACCGCUAAUUGACCUGCCAGGGAUGGAGGUGGACCGUCCCUUAGCCAGCGGGAGAGCCUGUGCACUUGUCCUGGAAGGGUGAGGGCUGGAACUCCCAGUGUCUCUCCUGCCUGGGAGUCCCUCUAGCUACCUGGCAGCCCUGUCCUGGUAGGUGCCAUGUACCUAUGUAGUCCCGUGCUGGAUCCACACUUGUAACUUUUCAGGGUUAUAUGUGGUCCUUGAGUUUUACAUGUAGCUCUGGCAAUGUUUGAAGCAUGCUAACCAUCCGGGGAUAUUGUUUGCAAGAAAUGAUUGGGGUGGACUGGGGUCCUGGCCUGACUGCAGAGAUGUUGCUUGGCUGCAUGAGCCAAGGCAGGAGGCAGACUGGAGAUGGUCUUGUCUGUUCUCAAGCCCUCCAGACAAGGCUCAGCCAGCCAGCCCAGCACCCUCACCAGCCUGCUUCCCAGCAGGGUGCGGCCAUUACUGAGGCACAGCUGGGACCAUUUUAGAGACUCCCUGUGCUUUGGACAAGGCAGGUCUUGAACUAGGAGCAGCAGCCACAUGGCCAGCUAUGGCCACAACUCCCCUGGGUCCUUGCUGCCCUUUCUCACAGAAGCUGGCGUAGAUUAGAAGCUAACGGAGAAGCAUGUGAUGGCCCUGUGGACUAGAGAUCUUUAUGUCCUCAGUGACUCACUCUUGGCCCUUACCCUGUCAUUUAGGAACAGCUGGGAAGGUUCCAGUCUGUGUAACCUGGAAGGGUCAUUUUAACAAAAAUUAUUUUGAAUUCCAGAUUUUAGAUGACGACUUAUUUUAAAAUCAUUUUAAUUCUGCUCUAAUAUUUCACUGUGAUGUUAACUUGGAAGACCUGUUUUGAGAUUAGUCCUUUUGAUUUAAAACUCAUUAAAUCUGCUGAGCACAGGAUUCCUAUCAUUUGUAAAUCCAAAACACUCUGUGAAAGUACUUAGUAAUCAGUUUCUUUUACAAAAGCGUAACUUAAACACAAAAGUAAUGUUGGUUUAUAGAAAUAUUUAUUGUUCAAGGUCUGUGAUUGUAUUUCAAAAAUGAUGUAGUCUUCAAUUUGUGAAGGGAUUUGUUUUGUCAAAAAAUUAAAAACUCACUGUGUGACAGCACCCGGAAGGGGCGGGGCUGUGGUGAGUGAGCCUUCUGUGGCUGUGCUUGCUGGCAGCUGGCGGAAGGCGGUCACGGUCCUGUUCCCGUCCUGUCCCCUUGGGCGGUGCCACAUUGCAGGCCCCGUGCUAGAUGAAGGAGCCUGUGUUCCCUGCCCUGAAGGAGUAUUUCUAAGGAGAACAGGCAGCUUGGUGUCAUCACUGAGUAGAGAUUGGAGAAAGGGUUUUCAGACUGAAGAAAACUUGGGAAGGCAGGAACUGAGCUGCUGGGAGAUGGUUGCUGCCCAUCUGGCCUGGCUGGGUGAGGAGGCGGCAGGAAGGCUGUCCUUUGGGGCGCUGGCUUUUCCUUUCCAGCACUUCCUGUCAAYGUGGGAGGGAUGGUGGGGGUUGUAGAAGAGCUCUGGGAUUGUGGAGCCCAUGCAGGUGACAUUCACCUCCACAGCUGGCUGUCACCUGGUGUGGAGGCGGAGCCUGCAGCUGCAGGGAGGGGCGCUGAGAGCCAGGGACCCUGCCUACUGGCUGGCGGGGAGGUGGGGUGAGGGCGGGCCUGCCACCUGCCAUGGACUGUGAUAUUGUAAGGUCUGUAUUCUGUAUGUGGGAUUGGGCCCCAGUCAGGAAAUGAGCCUCAUGUGUGUCAUGAACAUUUAUAAUGCCAUUCAAAUAUGUAUUUCCUGUUUAUUUCCUCAAAACAGACUUUGUUAAUUUAGGAGAUAUCUCCAAGUGGAA